AUGUCGGGCAUGUCUUCUGGACAAAUUCUGAUCGGCUCGCUGACGGCGUCGUGCAUCACAUUCUUGAUUUCCAUCUCUGCGAUUGCUUUUAUUCUUCAAGAUGUCACUUCACUUUUUGGAGAGCUUGAAGUGGAAAUGACGAGGUUAAAGUACGACACCAGUCUCGCCUGGUCUGACAUGCAAAUUUUCACAAAAGACAUCGGACAAAUCGACAGGAUAAGGAGAAACAUCAUGCAGCAAGAGACGGAUUAUUCUGGAUAUCAAGCCCAAGUAACCGUAUCCGACUUUGCCAACGACGGUUCCGGCGAAUUCCCCGAUGAAAUAAUCCCUGAACCAAUGAUGCCUAGCUUCCACCCGAAAUGUGCGUGCUUCACCUCUCAAACGUGUCCUCCUGGACCCCCAGGCCCCCUUGGUGACCAGGGAAUCGAUGGGGAUGAUGGAAUUGAUGGAGUCGAUGGGUAUGAUGGAUUCGAUGCCUACCCGAGUCCUCCGGCGAAACCCUCCAAGGCGCCAUUCACUUGUCCACGUGGACCACCUGGUGACUCUGGCCCGGAGGGUCCACGUGGCAAGCGUGGGCUCCGUGGACCGCGUGGACGCCCAGGGAGACCUGGAAUCAACGGGAACCCAGGGUUCCCCGGGGAUAUUGGAUCGCCCGGACAACCUGGACCAGAUGGAACGGUUGGGGAGAGAGGAGUGAAUGGAGUGGAUGGAGUCACUUAUAUUCCGAGACAAGGAGUCAAAGGAGCCAUGGGGCAACCUGGAAAUGAGGGACAGCCGGGGAAGAAGGGAAAGCCCGGGUUGCCAGGGAAGGAAGGAAUUCGAGGAUACGAGGGGAUGAGUGGGUUGAGAGGAAUCGAGGGAGUCGGAGGACCGAUCGGGCCACCAGGAGCCCAAGGACAGCAUGGAGAUGAUGCUGCGGUGAGUUUACUCAAAAUAUCAAUUUUCAGCUCUGAAAUUACUAUGGUUAGGUAG